AUCUCAGUGCCCGAGAGCUGAUCGGACUGUCGGACGUCAUUCGAGUUCAUUUGUGUUACGUCCGCCGACGCUGUUUGUUGUAGCUCGUCCAUCGACACGCGUCCUCAAAAUCAAAACCAUCCCAUCAUCGUUCCCGUGUGUUGUUCCUGGCAGCCGAUCGUUUGAACAGUAAUUUUUAAUUAUCAACAAUACAUAAUUGUCGUUCGAUAUUACGUAUUUAUUUAUAUUUAACAGUAAUCGUUUGUUUUUUUUUGCGUUUUCAAAUACUUAUGCAUUUUAUUCUUAUUUUUGUCGUAUAACGUGGUCUGCCCCCAUCAUCCUUCGCGCGCCCCUACCACUUCUAUUCCGAUUUUAAAGCCACCGGUGACGGACGAUCAAAAAAAUGGCAGAUGUUAUCAGCGUUCCCGCUAAAAAUGGUUUAUUUCACUGGAAAGCAAUUGCAGAAUACUAUAUACCAGUCAUUAUUCGUAUAAUUAAUGGUGAAGAAUUGAAGUUUGUAUCUGUACGGAUGGCUGAAACUCAACUGCUCAGCAAGUACAUACAAAAUUUACACGAAGAUGUUUUUAAUUGUACAUCGGUGAAAAGUCACUUUAUCACUGAUUUAGAAGAAAAUCUAUUAAAUGAGAUUAACAUAAUACAUGCUGAUAGUAUCUAUGGAAAAGAUACAUUCUAUGCUAGCAAAGAUUAUAUUGUCCGUUUAGAAGAUGUCCUCGAGUUGUAUACAUUUUUAGAAGUAUGUUACAACAAAAUGCAGAACAAAAUUACUGCUGGUCGCAGAGAAAAAUGUGGUUUUAUUAAUAUCGAUUCCGAAGCUGUUGUACCAUACUGCCUUGCAGAUGGCCAUCAAUACAUACCAAUUUUUUAUUUUGAAGGGGCUACGGAACACCUAAAUAAUGGUGCUGUAGAACUUAAGGAGUGGAACUUUGCCUAUCUUAAGUUCUGUUAUAGAGUUCAGGGUAUAAAAAAUGAGCUGUAUACUAGUGAAUCAUGCACAGUGACUACUCUCGAUGUUAUCAAAAAUUAUUUUACACCAGAAACGAGUUUUGAGGAAUAUUGGCCGGCUAAAGUGAUUGAAACAAAUCUCCUGAUAAAUCGAAAAUCAACCGAUGUUUAUCCAUCAGGUGUCUGGAUCAAAGCCCCCCUUGAAGUACCUGCAACCGAAAGUACUAUUCCACACUCAUUGACAGCUUCAGCACCAGUUAUGCCACAGAGUAUGCCAGUGGUAACGAAUACCUUUCAAAAUGAAUGACCAUCAAACCAAACGUCAGAAGAUAACGGGAACGCGUUGCCACAACCAAAAAAUGUGUUGUCCAAGCAAGACUAACAAUGCCAAUCUGCGGCUCGACCGUCCAAGAGACGUUUAGGAAUGGACCGGGCACGGCGGUAGUGUGAUUUCCACCCCCGCCGCCAGUACUGGUUGGUACUCGCCGACCGCAGCUGACAGUAACGAUCUAUUAUUUAAUUAAUUUUGUUCUAAUUUGUAAUAAAAAAGUUAAAUCUCCGUA